ACUCCCAAAAUCAGACCCUCUCUUCCUCUAAAUAAUUUCAAAUUUCUUUGUUCUCCGAUUCUCUAAAUGGGUAUCUCUCAAUUUCAGAGAACAGUAAUCUCUCUUUUCUUUAUAAUUUUUCUCUUAAUAAGCUUAGAUAACUCGUGUCUAGCUGCAAGGAGGCUAACUGCACUCUAUCAACCGCCACCCUUGUCUCUUACAUACCAUAACGGUGCUUUGCUUGAAGGAAACCUUCCGGUCUCCAUUCUGUGGUAUGGUCAGUUCACGCCACCUCAAAAAUCCAUUAUAGCAGAUUUUCUUCUCUCUCUAAACACAUCGGCUCCUUCCACUUCUACACAACCUUCAGUCUCUUACUGGUGGAGCUUAAUCCAAUCCUACCUCAAAAAAGCAGGCAAAAAAGAGACUCAAGUACGUUUAUCAACCCAAAUUUCUGAUACAAACUGCUCAUUAGGCAAAAUCUUGAAGAAAUCCCAGAUAACCGAGUUGGCCACCAAGGUUAACUCAAAACCGGGUGGUUUAACCCUGGUCUUAACAGCUAAAGACGUUGCUGUUGAAGGAUUUUGCAUGAGUUACUGCGGCUUUCAUGGCUCAUACACUAAACAUGACUCGCCUUUUAUCUGGGUCGGAAACUCGGAGACUCAGUGCCCGGGUCAAUGCGCAUGGCCGUUUCACCAACCCAUUUAUGGACCACAAACUACGCCACUAGGUGCACCGAACGGUGACGUAGGGGUAGACGGCAUGGUCAUAAAUAUAGCUGGUAUUUUAGCCUGCACCGUAACGAACCCAUUCGGUAGUGGUUAUUACGUCGAGUCGGGUGGCAUCCCACUGGAAGCGGCUUCGGCUUGUACAGGUGUGUAUGGGAAAGGGGCGUACCCAGGUUAUGCUGGGGAGCUUUUAGUGGAUUCUAGCACCGGUGCCAGCUAUAAUGCGGUGGGUGUCCAUGGAAGGAAGUAUCUGUUGCCUGCUUUGUUUGAUCCAUCGAUUUCCGAAUGUUCUCCUAUCGUGUGAGCUAGGUGUGGCAGGUCGUGGCAGUUAGUAAUUGGUGGUGAUCUGCUCUACUACUGUGAUAUUGUACAUAUGUAUGUAUCUGAAAACCGUGAAAUAAAUUCUCAAAUUAAAAAAAAAAAAAAAAAAAAAUUCUUU